GUGGAAUUGAGCCAUACUUUUAAAUUUGCAAGCAAAAUUAUUAAAUGCAGAGACAUGACGUUUUAUGAACGGCAAUUUCACGGUAUUAAAAAAUCUCACAAUUAGAAACUUUUUGAAACCCAAUUAAACCCUUCCUUCUAAAUUAAAAUGGAACGAAGACGUGAUUUCCAACUGAAUGAGUAGAAAAAUGAAUAUUUUUAUGCAUGAUUUCCUUGAAGACUAAUAGACUUUUAAGGGCAUCGAAACUCAAUGAGAAAAAUGCAUACUACUUAAGUAGUCAUUUAUUACAGAGUGUGGUUCCUGCAUGCAGCCGAAAAGAAGUUUGUUCGAAAGCCGGCAUCUUGAGGUAUCUCAGUUCUGACAAAAUUAUAUUGCAAGACGAUUUGUUUUACAACCCUACUUAAUUAAUCUUUUCUAAACGAAAACGCAUUUCGGAAUUUUGGUUGAUAUUUCAUGAGUUAGCCCACCUACUGCAUGUAUAUGUGUAUACAUACUAGAAAGCGGGCAUCCCAAGGAAUGUAAUUCUAAAUAGGUGAGAUUCUGUGGGAAUAAAAUAACCUUUAUUGCCGUUAACUCCUGGAAGCAAUGCAUUCGGAUGAAGCGUGCAUCAGUUGGCAUAUAGAGUUAGAUGUCAUUUAAAAAUUUCUCAAGGACCAAUAGAAGCGAGCGCAACCAAAGUCGAAGGGAAUGAUGAAACACAAUUCACGCGCAUUGGUGCAGGCUUCGGCAAAUCACGGAAUCAUUUGCUCGACAAGGAUUUUGUACAUGUCUGACGACGAGUUGAUGGGCAAUUCCCAUUUCUGGAUGUCCUUGUGUGCGGAAAAACUGAUGGAUCCUUUCAAAUUUCAGUUUGUCGCAAAAAAAAACAUAUUCCGAGGUUAUCCUGCACUUUGAGAGUAGCCAUUUUAUCUUCCACAAGAGGGUUACUGUCUACAACCUGCUAGACUGGGCCAAAUCACACUGCUUUGAUGAAGAAAGUUAUCAUGCAUAAAUGAAAUAACUUUUCAAAUUAUUUUCCCACAACGGGUACCCGCGCAACGUUGUACGUCAUUGCAUGAAACAUGAGUUUAAACAGAAAGGUAUUUCGAAAAAUACGACCAUCCAGACACCAAAAACUUUACCUGACGGAUUAUCCCAUACGUGAAAAAUGUAUCUGAACUCGUCGAAAGACAGCUGAAAAAGCAUCAGGUACAAGUAGCACACCAACCUACAACCACCUUACGUACACAGCUUGUACACCCUAUGGACAGGGUUGGCUAUCUUGAUAGAAAAGGUGUUGUCUACAAAAUACCAUGUUCCAGCUGCGAUGCCGUCUAUUGUGGCCAACCCGGGAAAUCUGCCUUUACCCGCAUACAUGAGCAUCAGUUAGCAGUGAAGAGACGAGGUCAACUAUCCCAGGUGGCUAUUCACAAACUGGACACUGGACACAAAUUUGCAUGGGAGAACACUCGCAUUGUUGGCACCUGCCCAGUAAGGAAGGACCGCAAAUUCCUGGAGGCAAUGCAUUCAGAUGAGACAUGCCUCAGUAGGCAUAUCGUUUUAGAUUCCACAUACAAAUUUCUCAAGGACAAAAGGGAGCGAGCUCAGCCAACGCCGAGCCGAUGACACAAAACCAUUGACGCGCAUUGGUGCAGGCCUCGGCCAACAAUAGAAUCACUUGUUCGACAUGGUUAAAUAUUUAACUGUUUUUGUACAUAACUCAAAAUUCUGACGACGAGCCGGAGAACCAGACUCGAGAAUUUACGCAUUAAAGGUUAUUAUCUUCCCAAAAAAUCUUACCUAUUUUCAAUAUACAUAAAGCGAAAUCUCGUCGGAAGACCGAGAUGUACUCGUGAAUUUUUAAGUCGACUGCACCCACCUGUCGUCAGAGAAAAUGUAUACUGGGGAGAAGGAUAAUCUCAGUAGGGCGCUGGGAGAACAUCGAGUCCGAUUAUUCGUUUGACGACGGGUUGGGGUGACCGAAUUGAAAAUUCAGGAGUACCUCUCGAUCUUCCAACGAGCCUUCCCCUUUUAUUAUACCAUCUCGAAAUGCGUACUACCUCCGUUAUUCAUAUGUAUAUAUAUAUAUUCAUUUAUAUAUAUAAUGUUAUUACCGAGAAAAACAAGGGAGACUGGAAUGGCCAUUUCUGCCUUGUUAGCCGUCGUCAGUCAGUCAUACCCAACCCCAAAGUGUGGAACACCCUUGCUCGAUCCCGGGACCUGAUAGGUCGUAGGAUCGAACCCCGGAUGUCCCACACUUCUGGGACAGCGUUCAUGCACACGGACACACGACCCACUGGCGGGCAUGAAAACCCCUAUAAGGCCAAAUUCAGGAGCAUUUUGAUAGAACAUAAUGCCUAGUGGUGGUAGUCUGUGUAACGAAAAGUAUGCGAGCAGACUACUGCAUCCAAACUCUACUAGGAGAGCGAGGUCGAAACAUCGCCAAAUAAGUGGGCCCGCAUCCUUACGACCCACGUCGCACUAGACAAUUUUCUUGCAUGUAAAUUCUCACUGCUGUGAUCUCUGAAGGAGCCGAUUUUGAUUAGUGAGGGCUGAGUGACCGGCGCAUGUGUGCGAUGUACAGAAUAAUGUUUUCGGACACGACAGCCAAUUCGCUCAUAUCUAGCUACGAUUUUCUCGACUUUAUGCGGCAAGUGGAGUUGGGUGGGUGUGACCGAUUAAGGUGUGGCCAAAGACACACAAGUGGCCUCCUCACACUGAAUCGACGGUGUUCCUUGCGGAGGGCAGAUAAAUUAUCGGCCGAAUGGUAGAUUGAACAUGUGCACAAUUUAGGCUGCAGUACUGUGCGAACUGGAACUAAUGACAUCGGUGUGCAUAGUUGCUAAGGUUCUGUCGUGUGAUGCGCGAGAGGUGUGUCGUAGGAAGCACAGUCCGGAGCGCUCGGAUGUGAUUCCCACAAAAGCGUUUCAGCUGCGAGGGCAGGCCGACGUGUGCAUGUAGUGUUGUCUUAUUAGAACUAUUCUAAUCAUCGUUUUAGGCCGCCUUUUUAACGCAUCUGCUCCCUCGUAUGAUUAUAUGACUGCACCAGGAUUUGUUGCAACGCGUCUCUAUACAUGAUAGGCCGAGUUCCUUCGAACAAAUGUAGCUACUUCUUCUCUUCUUCUUCUUCCUCCCUCUUCCUCUUCCUCCUCCUCCUCCUCCUCCUCCUCCUCCUCCUCCUCCCUCCUCCUCCGCCUUGUCUCUAGUCUCGAUAUAGUCUCUGGUUGCAGAUGUUUGGCAGUCGACGCGUGGAUGUGA